AUGUUGCUCUCCCCCGGAAGAGCCUGCAGCUCGGUCUGCAGGACCCCAGCGGUCGCCGAUCGAUUGUCCUUCUUUUUCUUAUCGUCCACCUCUUCCGCUCACCUCCCUUUCCACUCGACCUCUCAGUCCAGGUCCUUCCACUCGACUCGUCGCCGCUUGGACGCCCCUCGAAUUUCCUACCGUGUUGCCGCCUCCGCGUCCGGUAAAGGCCGUCGAUUCCACCCGACCAAGAAUUCCUACAAUUUCACCCCCGACCUGUCCGCCGUGGGCGUAGCCACGGACACGACCGAUCCCGCGAUCCGGCGCAAGCGGAGACCCGACAGCGGUGAGGACGCCUUUUUAGUCAGUCGCAUCGGCCAUGAGGAUCGCCGAUCUGUCGCGUUCGCUGUCGCGGACGGCGUCGGCGGCUGGGCCGAGUCCAAGGUCGACCCGGCCGACUUCUCGCACGCCCUCUGUGGCUACAUGGCCCAAUCGGCCCUGGACUGGGAGCAGCCGGCGGAGCAACUGCGCGCGAAGAACCUUCUCCAGGCGGGCUACGACAAAGUCGUCGCAGACGAUUCGAUUCGCGCCGGCGGUUGCACGGCAUCCGUGGGCGUCGGGUUACCGGACGGACGCGUUGAACUGGCCAAUCUAGGAGACUCGGGGUCCGUCCUCUUGCGACUCGCCGCCGUGCACCACUACUCCAUCCCACAGACCCACGGCUUCAACACCCCCUACCAGCUCAGCAUCAUCCCGCCUCGCAUGCGCAAGCAGGCCUCCAUCUUCGGCGGCGCCUACCUCGAGGAUUUCCCGCGCGACGCGGCCGUCACGAACCUUCACAUGCAGCACGGCGACGUGCUACUACUUGCAACGGACGGCGUCUUCGACAACCUGAACAACCAGGAUAUUCUGAAGCUUGUCACCAGCCGCAUGGUACUGACCGGAGCAUGGACGGCCACGAGCAGCACCGGUAUCAAACCCUCCGAUGAGCUCGGCCUCCUCACUGGUCCAGACGGACUGGCGUCGUUGGUUUCUCCGCCCUCUUCCUCCUCUUCGGAGAAACCCGUUAAGAAACAAGAGGACCAACCCUACACCCUUCAAUCCCUUAUUGCGUCCACCAUCGCGGGAGAAGCCAAGCUCGCUAGCCAGGAUUUCCGACGUGACGGUCCCUUCGCCAAAGAAGCUCAACGGUAUUAUCCCGGAGACUGGUACCGCGGCGGCAAGGUUGAUGACAUCGCGGUCGUGGCCGUGGUGGCCGUGGAUGAGGGAAUCCAGGCAUCGUCCUCAUCUUAA